AUGACUAGUCCAAUAUCAUCAGUCUUGAGAAUGGUUUUGAUUGUUCUUAUUUUGGUCAGUGUUUUUCUAUCUUAUGAUGUUUAUCGGCAUGCAAUACACAAACGAGACCCUACUACUAACUCCUCAAAUCCUGCAUCUCGAGGAGUUAUAGUAAGUUUGAUUCGUAGUACCAAUCGAUCAAUUUCUCUCACAAUAAACAUGGUCAAUUCUGUUAUUUAUUUUUUUCCAAACAAUGAUAGUUUUCCAUAUCCAUUUCUCAUAUUUCAUGAUGAAAAUUUAACGCCGGUUAUGCGUCAGCAAAUAUUAUCAUGCAUAUUGCAAACUAAAAAGCCAAUAGAAAUUUCUUUUGUUCUUGCUGAUUUUCAAACAACAGUAAAACCAAAUCAAAAAUCAAGAUCCGAUAAAUCAAUCGGAUAUCGUUUAAUGUGUCGAUUUUGGACUUAUGAUGUAUUCUAUCAUCCUGCAAUCAUUCAAGGAAAAUAUGAUUAUCUAAUGAGAAUGGACGACGAUUCGUACUUUUCAGAUACUAUCAAAAAAGAUCCGUUUCUAUAUAUGUAUAGUCGAAAAUUAGAUUAUAUGUAUCGAUCUACAUAUAAUGAACCAAUCAAAGAAAUAGAGCCUAUCCUACGACGUUUCUUGAACACAGCAAUACUUCGACGUGAUUGUAUUUAUAAUAAUUUCUUUGUGAUUCGUUUGAAAUGGUUCUAUGAAUCGAAACCAGUUCAAAAUUUUGUUCGUGAACUAAUGUAUGAUGAUCUAAUGCUUCGAGAAUAUGUUGGCGAUGGAUGUGCUCAUUCAGCUAUGCUUCAAAUUGAUAGUCAAGCUAAAGUAGAACACGUCACGAAUAUUCCAUAUGGCCAUAAUCUGCAUUUGAUGCCAUCAGGGCAAUUGCACUAUCAAUUUCAUGUGGUGAAAGGAUUCAAUCAAGAGUUAAGUAAAUCGUGUGAACAAUUGACAGUUAUUAGGGGUAGCCGACACGAAUUAAUACGAAUAAAUUUAUCCUAA